AGUGUCUGUGUCUGACUCUGUGUGCGUCUGUGUGGACUGUGAAGAGCAACAAGAGACACAGAGAGAGAGCGAGAGAGAGAGGGGAAAAUGGCACUUCAAGCACCCAUCGCCUGGCUGAAGGCCACAAAGACCUCUGCUACUAUGUCUCCCUUGUCUCCCACGGGCCAUGUUGGCCUCAGAAUGCCAGCCGAUCGAUUUGCCCUCAGAUCGUCCUUCUUCUCUCCCUCUCUCCAUCUUUUGCUUCCUCCCCCUCCCCCUCACCAACCCAUCUCUUCUGCUGCCCCAAAAUUCUCUAUGCGUGUCGCUUCCAAGCAAGCCUACAUUUGCCGUGACUGCGGGUAUAUUUACAAGGAUCGAACUCCUUUUGAGAAGUUACCUGAUAACUACUUCUGCCCAGUUUGCGGGGCUCCAAAGCGAAGAUUCAGGACUUACGAGCCUGCCGUAGUCAAGAAUGCUAAUGACACGGAUGUCCGCAAAGCCCGAAAAGCACAGCUUCAGAGAGAUGAAGCAAUCGGGCGAGCUUUGCCUAUUGCCAUUGUUGUUGGAGUUGCAGGGCUGGCUGGUUUAUACUUGUACCUCAACAAUACCUUCUAGCUCUUCCAAUCCUCAAUUCUAAAUCUCUCUUCAUGCUAUAUUGGUUUCUGGUUACCAGCAUUACUACUGCUAGUCUACUACUACUCUUUGUAGUUUGUCAGAUUUUUUUUUUUUUUUCUCAAUUGAAGGAAUAUCUUUGUAUUUAUAUACCCAUCUAGAAUCCCAUUCAGAACUUGGCCUUCA